AUGGACCAGCACAUCUGGAGAUUUGAAGGCGCUGUGAUUACUGUAUGUGGUACUAGGUACUACAGAAACCAGCAAUGCGAAAGUUGCAUCAAGGAGAUGGGCUGCUUCCAUCAAUGUGUCAUGGUCCCAGGUAUCACCGGCUGUAAUAAUUGCCGGUAUUACAGGAGGGCAUCUACAUGCUCACUCAAUGACACUGCCACCACUUCAAAUACACCAGCAGGCUCGAGUGCGCCGAGUACUUCCUCGGCACCCGGAGCAUCGGGUGCCCAGCAAGGCACACAGUCAUCAGCAAGUACGACAAAUCGUACAUUCCGAUCCAUUGUGAGCGAGGCACAUGAAGCAGUGCUUCGGUUGGAUGAAGUGGCUCGGUCGCUAGAUGAGCGCCGCAGAAAUCUCCAAGAUGCACUGGGUGCCGAACAUCCAGAAGUUCGCCUUCUGGAUGAUGAUAUCCGGUCACUUCGGAACAUCAUCGCUGAUAUGAGAAGCAGUAGGCUUUAA